UAAAGUUAAUAUUUCUUCCAUGUCCACUAUCGAUUCCAUCCAUUCCUAUACCUUCGUUAUUUCCAACGCUCACAUUUUCUCUCUCUAAUUGACGAAUCAAUUAAGUCUGUCUCUUCUAUUUUCCAAAUUAAUCUAUUGUCUGAUAGAUCUCCAGCGUAUAAUUCUCCCAACAAAAUCAGAGGUCGCAGUAAAGGUUCUUGUGAGAUUCAGCUGAAAAAAACUGUGGGUGGGAUCGAAUAAUCUUAAGAUCACAACUUAGUUCAAUAUGAAUUAUCAGAUCUAGUUGAUUGUGGAAAUGGCAGAUAAAAGUGCACCAACAGAAAACUCUAAUUAUGCGGCUGAUGGUAAUGAACCUUCCGCUAAUGAGAAUGAAGUAUCAAUCGAUUCCCUGGCAAGGAAGGUUCAAGAAUCUCUAUCGCUUGCUAAGAGGCACAAGUUCUGGGAAACCCAACCUGUUGGACAGUUCAAGGAUCUUGGGGAUACGAGCCUGCCUGAAGGCCCAAUUGAGUCUCCAACUCCCCUGACUGAAGUCAAACAAGAGCCUUACAAUCUUCCUGCUCCUUAUGAGUGGAUAACUUGUGAUAUGGAAUCUGAAGAGAUGUGUGUCGAGGUGUAUAAUCUCCUCACAAAUAACUACGUCGAGGAUGAUGAGAACAUGUUCAGGUUCAACUAUUCAAAGGAGUUUCUUCAGUGGGCACUUCGCCCUCCGGGUUAUUAUAAGAGUUGGCACAUUGGAGUGAGAGUGAAGACUUCGAAAAAGUUGGUUGCCUUCAUCACUGGGAUCCCUGCAAGAAUCCGUGUUCGAGAUGAUAUUGUAGACAUGGCCGAGGUUAAUUUUUUGUGCGUCCACAAGAAACUUCGAUCAAAAAGACUCGCUCCGGUCAUGAUUAAAGAGGUCACCAGGAGGAUUCAUUUGGAGAAUAUCUGGCAGGCCGCUUAUACUGCUGGUGUUGUCCUUCCGACACCCAUUACGACUUGUCAAUAUUGGCAUAGAUCUUUAAAUCCAAAAAAGCUGAUCGAUGUUGGAUUUUCUAGGCUUGGUGCGAGGAUGACAAUGAGCCGAACAAUAAAGCUAUAUAAGUUACCUGAUCAAACAGCAACUCCUGGAUUCAGAAAGAUGGAACCCCAUGACAUUCCUGCAGUUACUCGUUUGCUGAGGAAUUACUUGAAGCAGUUUAUUGUUGCUCCAGACUUUGACGAGAAUGAUGUGGAGCAUUGGCUACUACCCCAGGAGAACGUUGUGGAUAGUUACUUGGUCGAAAGUCCUGAAACUCACGACAUAACUGACUUCUGCAGUUUUUACACCCUCCCGUCUUCUAUACUUGGCAGUCAAAACCACUCCACUUUAAAGGCUGCGUAUUCUUAUUAUAACGUGUCCACAAAGACUCCAUUGCUUCAGUUGAUGAAUGACGCACUUAUUGUUGCCAAGAAGAAGGAUUUUGAUGUUUUCAAUGCUUUGGACGUUAUGCAUAACGAGACUUUCUUGAAGGAGCUGAAGUUUGGCCCUGGGGACGGGAAACUCCACUACUAUCUAUAUAACUAUCGACUAAAUCACGUUUUGAGGUCAUCAGAACUUGGGCUUGUACUCUUAUAGCUUGAGCUCGGGAAAUGAUUCUGCUGUGCUUGAGAAUAAGCAUUUUUGGUAACUGUUAAGAAUUUUUCUCGUUUCUUGUCUGAAACAACCAUGCUAUUAUAUUUGUCUGCAUCUAUGAUUGGAAUUGAGACUUAAAAUCUCAUACGAAUGAGAUGAAUUUUGUGACUGAACUUUUGAUGUUCGAGUUUCAUGAGCAAAUUGUCAAUGGUAAGAAGUGACGUUCGUAUUA